CCAGCAUAACACACAAAAAAUGAACUAAGUUCUACCAACAUUUAUCCAUGAAUAAACAAAAACAAUCAACAAUCUGACAAUUUGCAGAUUAAAGCGGUUAAAUAUUGAUUUCUUACACGAUUAUUCACCGUAGACUAUUUUGAGGUGUUAACGUGUGAAUAAACUCGGAGUUAUUUACACGUAAUUGACAUGGCUAGUUCGCAGACUUUUGAUCCCACAGAACAUCAGCACAUUCGUUACAAUCCUCUAAAAGGAGAAUGGGUUUUGAUAUCACCACAUAGAAUGAAACGACCUUGGGGAGGGCAUGUGGAACCAUUAGAAGAUGAUGAUCUUCCAGAAUAUGAUCCAUCCAAUCCACUAUGUCCGGGAAAUACUAGAGCGAAUGGCGAGCUGACUCCGAAGUACGAAAAAACAUUUUGCUUCGAUAACGAUUUUCCUGCCUUGUUGGAAGACGCUCCAAGUCCACCGAAAUCUGACGACCCAUUAUUUUGCAUGGAUUCGGCAAGAGGAAAAUGCAAAGUGAUGUGCUUUCAUCCUAAAUCUAACGUCACUAUAGCCCUUAUGAAAACGAGCGAAAUAGUUGAAGUCAUCAAACAGUGGAUUAACGAGAUGUUGGAUUUGGGGAGGAAGUGGACCUGGGUUCAAAUAUUCGAGAAUAGAGGAGCCCUAAUGGGAUGCAGCAAUGCUCAUCCACACUGUCAAAUUUGGGCAAGUUCCUAUUUACCGAAUGAAGCCCGAGCCAAGGACAGGUUACUCUCUGAUUACUAUCGUAAAAAAGGAAACCCUCUUCUUGUCGAUUAUAUGCAGAAGGAACUUUUGAAAAAGGAACGAAUCGUAAUAGAUAAUCGAGAUUGGCUCGUAGUUGUGCCAUUUUGGGCAGUCUGGCCCUUCGAAACCAUGGUCCUGCCAAAGAAGCAAGUUCAGAGAAUGCAAAAUUUGACCAAAACCCAGCAAGAAUCGCUUGCAAUUGUCAUGAAAAAACUCUGCACUAAAUACGACAAUCUCUUCAAAUGUUCAUUUCCAUAUUCAAUGGGGUGGCAUGGUGCACCAACUGGGCCAGAUUCGAAUAAAGAUUGCAGUUACUGGACCUUUCAUGGAAUUUAUCUUCCACCGUUGCUACGAUCAGCAAACAUAAAAAAACAUAUAGCUGGAUAUGAACUUUUAGCUCAGCCUCAACGCGAUUUAACUCCUGAACAAGCAGCCGAAAAAAUGCGAAAUCUUUCUGACCUUCAUUACAAACAUCCCGAAACUAGUAUCUAUCCUGAUGAAGAAAACUAAAAUAUUAUAUGUAAUUCAUGAAAUUUGUGCAAUCAUAGUCCGAUGUGUCAUUUCAUUGUGAAAUAGGGUGACAUAGAUCGGUCAAUAGUUAUAGAGAAAAUUAAUAUAUGUGAAAUAGAAAAGAGUUUAUUUAUAAGCAAAAUAUGUUAACAAUACAUAUAAAAACUUGAGUUUAAACUCAGAGGUAGCCCAAAAAGUAUAGAGAAAAUAUACAAACUAUACAAAAGGAAAGUUUUGUUUUCUGGUUAGUACACUGGGAACCGCAGGUCAAUUUUUGUCGCCCAGGCAUGAAGACCACCGACGAUAUCUUUAAUUUCUAAUUGAUCAGGUAGCACAUUUUGCAAAAUUCGCACUGCCUUUUGCGAAUCAUUUCCCCUCCGACACAGAACGAAAACUGCAAGAAAUUUUAGUAUUUUAAUUUUUGUUUAAAUAAAUUCUUAAUUUUAUUUAUUCGUUAAAGUAAAAUAAGUACGAACCAUUCGGAACAUCAGAUCCAGUUUUAUAAAUCUCACUUUUAAUCGUGUCGAGACUGCUUUCUUUGUCAAUGUCACUGAUUGGAAUGUUAAUCGACUUUUUGAGUCGACAAAUUUCAAACUCUUCGGGAGAGCGAACAUCUAUCAAAACAUGAGACUUUUCACAUGCUAUUUCAUUAUAUUUAUCUACUGUUAUUCUUUCGUAGUUUUUCAAAACUUUUAAAUCAGGAUUUUUAUCUACUGCUUGCGCUCCACAAAAUUGUUCGUAGUCUAUCAAUUCGCAUUUCUUAGCGCUUUGUCCGCAGUAAAGACAAUCUGGAUUUUUGAGACGUAAGCGAAUAUUUCUGAAUGUAGUUUCUAAUCCGUCAAACAAUAAAAGUCGACCAGAAAGAA